AUGUUCACUUUUGCUCGGCGUCGUGGAGGCGGCUUACACGGCCGGUCUCCAGGGCGCCCUUCGUCUGGCUUGAUAGCGCUGUUGGGGGUCAGGGAGAAGAUGACCGCCGGCUAA